ACGUUAAAAUACAUAACCGAUCCAAAUGUAUUUUUGCGUCGUACUUAUUCGUAAAAAAAAUGUCAACAUAAGUUCGCCACUACAGUUGCACGUGAACGAUCAUAGCCAGAUUCAGCAAUGAGAGAAAAAAAUGUCCAUUGAUGUCAUGUUGUAAAUAACGCAGUGUUCAAUAAUAUGUGCGUGAAUUUACAAAUAAUGCUACUCGAGAUUAUUCGCACGAAUAAUUGAAGUGAAAAACUUGUAAUCGGUGAGAAGAAUACAAGAACAAUAAUGAUUUUGUGAAUGACUGCAUGUGAAACAAAAUACAUUAAAAGGUUGAACAAUUUUUAAGAAGAAACUUCGGUAAUACAACAAUAUAAAAUGUUUGCCGGCAGUAGAAUUGUGUUUAGCCGCACAAAUGUCAUCGUGACAAGAUAUCACAUAUGGCCAUUGAUAAGUAAUUUACCUAAAGUAAAUUUUCUAUUAAAGGAUCGAUCUGCUAUUUCAAUGGCUUUUGUACACAAUUUAGUUAUUAACAAGUCAGUGCCAUUGACGAAGGAACCGGUGUCACCAGUCAAUAGAUAUGUCCAGAGGACACACACAUGUGGUGAGCUGACAUUGAAGAAUGUUGGAGAGGAAGUAAGAUUAAGUGGUUGGCUGGAAUUCCAGAGAAUGAGGAAAUUUAUAACAUUACGAGAUUCUUAUGGAUCAACGCAGUUACUUAUACCUGAAGAUAGAAAAGAUUUGAUAAAAAUUAUACAGAAUUUGUCUUUUGAAAGUGUCUUGAGCAUAAUAGGCAAAGUUGUACCAAGACCUGAAGAUAAACAAAAUAAAAAAAUGAAAACAGGCGACAUAGAGAUAUAUGUUGAGUCUCUGAAGGUUCUAAAUGCAGCAUCGCAGAAUCCCCCGGUGUUCAUUAGAGAGUACAGUAAAGCCAAAGAGAGUCAGCAAAUGAAAUACAGAUAUCUGUCACUGAGAUACCCUGAAUUGCAAAAGAAUUUAAGAAUGCGUUCCUCCCUCAUAAUGAGAAUGAGAGAAUUCUUGAUUCAUGAAUGCAGUUUUGUGGACAUUGAGACGCCAACAUUAUUUAAAAGUACACCAGGGGGUGCACAAGAAUUUGUAGUGCCCACGAGACAACCAGGUAUCUUCUACUCAUUAGUACAGAGUCCUCAACAAUUCAAGCAGCUUCUCAUGAUAGGUGGCCUCGAUAGAUACUUUCAAAUCGCUCGAUGUUAUCGAGAUGAGACUGUUAGGCAUGAUAGACAGCCAGAGUUUACACAGCUAGACAUUGAAAUGUCGUUUGUUGACCGGGACGGAGUGAUGAAUUUAAUCGAAAACUUAUUAAUGUAUUCAUGGCCAGAAGAAUUGGGUUCUAUAAAAGUGCCUUUUAAGCUUAUAACUUAUAAAGACGCAAUGGAGUUGUAUGGUACUGACAAACCAGACUUAAGAAUAUCAUAUCAAAUAAAAGACCUCACACAUAUGUUUGAUCUUCCAGUAUUAAAGGAGACUAUGAAGUUGGAAGAUGAUAAACAAAAAGUGUACGCUUUAGUUUUUUCAAAGAAAUCGAAGUACUUAACAAAAUCUAUCAGAGAUGAACUUUCUAAGAUUCGUAACGAUUAUUUUGGUACUACAAAGCUAGUUCAAUUAAAAAAUGAAAGUAAUUCAUGGAAGACACAGUUAGAUAAGCUAAAACUGAAAUCAGGAAUUAUAGCGAAAGACGUAUCACAGUACUGCAAGCUACAGGAAGGGGAUGCAGUAUUGCUGGCAAUUGGAUAUCGAAUGGAUGCAUUGAAACUCUUAGGAAAGCUACGUACCGAAUUUACAAAUAUAUUAGAAGCCAAAGGUGAACAAAUACGUUCGUCCGAGGCUGAACUUGUAUGGAUCACGGACUUUCCGUUAUUCACAUUCGAAGAAACAUUGGAAUCGUCGCAUCAUCCAUUUACGCAACCUCAUCCAGAGGACAUGAAAUAUCUUACAACCGAUCCUUUAAAGGUGAGAGGUUUACAUUACGAUUUAGUGAUGAAUGGAUCAGAAAUAGCGGGAGGUUCCAUUCGAAUCCACGAUGCGAAUUUACAGAGGCAAAUAUUGGGAAUGUUAAACAUAGACGAAACAAAAUUGUCGCACAUGCUCGAGGCAUUGACCUACGGAGCUCCACCUCAUGGUGGAAUAGCUAUAGGACUGGAUCGUUUCGUCUGUGUACUUUGUAAUGAAAAAAGUAUAAAGAACGUUAUAGCUUUCCCGAAAACAAUGGAAGGACGAGAUUUAAUGUCCGGAGCGCCAGACAUUAUUUCAGACGAGUUGAAGAUUUUGUACCACAUACAAACGGUAGAUAAAUAAAAUUCUUUUCUUUAAUAGCUAUAAAAUAGAAUUGACAUUGUACAUUUCGCUCAUGUAUAAUAUGAAAAGACAAUUCCUUGCAAGUUAUAUAAAAGAUAUAAAAUUAUUUACAAAAUAAACUGGCAGUUUUGGGGCGUUAUUAUCUGUAACAUUUUUUACCAAAAAUCUAAGUUAUUAUUCAAGCUUUAAAUAGUUAUCAAAAGCAUACAAUUACACCGCGAACUGAUUAAAUAAAGAGACAAAAAAAUAGAUGUACAAAAAAAGUGUUUUAUUUUUUUUCUGAGUAAACUCGUGCGUUCAAUCGAAAUGUUUUUACAGAAAAAUAAAAAAUACAAUCCAGCCUGCAUACUAAACUAUUGACAUUCAUUUUUAAGAAGGAUCUAAGAAGGUUCCUUCCUUUUUUUUGUACACUUCUUGAGAGUCUCUCUCCUGACAAGUGAACAUUUCAACCUAACAAAUUUUUUUCUUAACAAAUACGCUGAUAUGUCGUGACUACCAACUGUCGGCGGACGAAAAUUUACAUCGCUUUUUAUUCACAUAUACAUUCAUCUUGAAACAGCCCACAGUGUUGAAUUGGUACGAUUAUAUAUUAAUUAACAAAACGUCAUUAAAUGGCGAAAUAUCUGUUCAGUUUGCGAUGCGUCAAAUUUGUCAAAAUCGUUAAAAAGACCCCUUAAUUAAGAUAAGUAUCUGUUCGAUCGAUCCUCUUGCGAUUUUUUUAACACAAAAUGAUGCAACUGUACAUCCAUAGAUUAAUUUCACGUACUAAUUUUUUUGAAACAGCAUAGAAGACAUUUUGAAGACGAGCAUCACAUUUUUCUCAUACCGUUAUUGUUACACAUACAACUUUUUACAAUUAAAUGCCGAAUCAAGCCAG